AUGAAGCACACGCUCAUGAAGGCUGCCACUGCGGCACUCAUUUUGCCUUCUGCAAUGGCAGCGAACGGCCCCAUGGUCCCUGACUACGAAGUGCACCUUCUGAUGGACCCUACUGUGGUUCUGGGAUCCGACUUCAAGCUUACCCCCACGGUACUUUCCACCUUUGCUAUGCCGACAACUGUUACAAAGAUCAACGUGCAAUACCUUGACACGGUUGCGGAAGAUCUUCACGUCAAUGGGUGGAGUUGCCGUGUUCGCAACAUCGAGAACGACAGCGGCUUCGACCUCACCUACAAGUGGCGUCUUCCAGUUAACAACGGAGAUAUCACCGGUGCUUUGAACACUGCUUUCAGUUACGGCUGGAAUUCUGGACAAGGCAACUACGACGCACAAAUCGACUGGCUCUAUUCUUCACAAACUCUUUCUAUUCAACGGGAUUAUACAGCUUCAUCAAAAGGAUACAGCGGUACAGAUGAUCCGAGCGAGAAAGAUUCACGGAGCAUGCUCGAAUCUAACGCACCAGAUAUGUUCAACGACUGGGUAUCCAACGAUUGGGGUACAAACAUGCUGAAGAAUGCCGUCAUUUACGGUCCUGUUCUCACCAAGCGCUCUACGGGAACGUGGAACGGCGUCGAGCUCGAUAUCGAAGUUUGGCCGAUUGAGAAUUCCGGUGGCACUGGAAUUGAAUAUCUCGUUGAGGCAUCUUUCAAAACCUCGGAUUUGGACUCUGCUUCAUCUGGACGCGAUCAAUUGAUGACCCUGUUGCAGAGCAAGGGUUGGUUUUUGGCAGAGAGUGUGUCCAAGGAAGAUCUCGUCUUGGAGAACUACCACCCAACUUCAUAG